AAACUUUGUUCCGUUGGUUUAUAGAGAAAACAAGCUGAGUGAGAAGGCGCGGCGGACAAGAACAAAUGGGUAGCUACAAAUAUUGUCUCUGCUUCACGAGGAAGUUCCGGUGGAGCGAGGCAGAGCCACCAGCCGACGUGAAGGCGGCUUUUGCCGAGCUUGCGGAAGGCGAGUUGCAGAUCGGGCCCGAACAGCUCCGCCGCUUUCUGGUUGAGAGGCAGGGAGAGUCGGCCACCACAACCGCCGAUGCCGAGCGGAUCAUUGAACAGAUCCGACAACAUAGGCACCGGCUACUGGGCAAGGUCGCACGACCGGUUCUCUCCCUUGAGGAAUUUCAUCAGUAUCUCUUCUCUGAGGAAUUUAAUCCUCCUAUCCAAUCUCAGGUUCAUCAUGAUAUGACCGCUCCUGCAUCCCAUUAUUUCAUAUACACUGGCCAUAAUUCAUACUUGACUGGCAACCAACUCAGUAGUGAUUGCAGUGAUGUGCCAAUCAUAAAAGCCCUGCAAAGAGGUGUGAGAGUGAUUGAACUGGAUAUGUGGCCAAACUCUACGAAAGAUAACAUAGAUAUCCUUCAUGGAAGGACGCUAACUUCCCCUGUUGAUCUGCUUAAAUGUUUGAAGUCCAUUAAAGAAUAUGCCUUUGUUGCAUCACCAUACCCAGUUGUUAUAACCUUAGAGGACCACCUUACUCCUGAUCUCCAGGCUAAAGUUGCUGAGAUGGUCAUUGAAACAUUUGGAGAUAUGCUGUAUUACCCCAGCUCAGAGACUGUUGCAGAAUUUCCUUCACCUGAAUCUCUAAAGAAGAGGAUUAUUCUUUCAACCAAACCUCCUAAAGAGUAUCUUGAAGCUAAGAGCUCUAAGGAGGAGAAUGAAUCUCAAAAUGGGAAGAUAUCUAAUGAGGAAGAAGAGUGGGGGAAGGAAGUCCCAGAUCUGAACGCUCAAAUUGAAUCUUAUGAGCAUGAGGAUGGCAAAAGUGAUGAUGAUGAAGAAGAUGAUGAUGACGAAGAUGAUGAUGAUGAACUAAAAAAGAACCAUGCUCCAUCGCUAGAGUAUAAACAUUUGAUAACUAUUAAGGCUGGGAAACCUAAGGGUUCCUUAAAAGAUGCACUAAGGGUGGAUCCUGAUAAAGUUAGGCGUGUAAGUUUGAGUGAACAACAACUUGUAAAGGCAGCUGCAUCUCUUGGGGAGGACCUAGUUAGGUUCACUCAAAAAAAUAUACUCAGAAUUUAUCCAAAGGGCACACGUGUUAGGUCAUCUAAUUACAAUCCUAUGAUUGGUUGGGUGCAUGGUGCUCAGAUGGUUGCCUUCAACAUGCAGGGAUAUGGAAGAUCACUCUGGUUGAUGCAUGGAUUCUAUAAAGCCAAUGGGGGAUGCGGAUAUGUUAAAAAGCCUGAUUUCUUGAUGAAGGAAGGCCCUCAUGGUGAAGUCUUUGAUCCUAAAGCAGAUUUGCCGGUGAAGAAAACGUUAAAGGUCAAAGUAUAUUUGGGAGAUGGUUGGCGACUCGACUUUAAGCAGACACAUUUUGACACAUAUUCCCCACCUGACUUUUAUGCCAAGGUUGGAAUAGCUGGAGUUCCGGCUGAUUGUGUAAUGAAGAAAACAAAGGCUAUAGAGGAUAACUGGGUACCAGUUUGGGAUGAGGAAUUCACUUUUCCUAUUAGAGUACCAGAGCUGGCAUUGCUUCGAGUUGAGGUGCAUGAGUAUGAUAUGUCGGAAAAGGAUGACUUUGGCGGGCAAACCUGCUUGCCAGUGUCUGAGUUGAGACCAGGUAUCCGUGCCGUGCCAAUCUUCGAUCGCAAAGGUGCGAAGUUCAAUUCUGUUAAACUUCUCAUGCGCUUUGAGUUUGUUUGAGAAAGUCAAAAGAUUUUUUUUCCCCUAUUUUUGAGACUGUAUUUACUACCUUUGUGCUAUAUUCUGUGUGUAUUCAUUUCCUUGUAGUAUUUGGAGUAACCUAUUGUACAUAAUGUGGUAAACUAGAUCAGUUUCUGAAGAGUGGAAAAUGGUAUUAGUCUUUUUGUGCA